AUGUUCAACUACAACUCCAACAACUUCUAUUCCAUCUCAUCCAACUCCAUCUACGAAUGUUCGUUCCUCUACAUCAUUCUCUACAGUGACAACAAAUGUUUUCACUUUCUCAACACCAACGCCAACUGGUGGGUACCUGAAACGGAGGCUUUAGUGACGAGAGGAGACUCUGAAACCUACAACAACAUAAGAGCAGAGGGACACAAUAUAUGUGAGAAGCCAAGCAAGAUCCAAUGCAGAGCCGAGAAGUACCCAAAUGUUAGCAUAAGCCAAGUAGGCCAAGUGGUGCAGUGUAAUGUAGCAGAAGGGUUGACUUGCAGAAAUGAAGACCAGUCAGGCCCAUUCCCACUGUGCUUUAACUACCAAGUCCGAGUCCUCUGCUGUGAUGAAGAUCUUUGCACAUCAAAGCCUUCAACCAUUUCACCAACAACUACAAGACUACCUGUUACGACAACAACAACAGCUACAACAGCAACCAUCUCCACUAUAUCAACAACCACGUUGAAUACAAAAAACCCUACCUGCACAGUUUGUGAGUGGUCACCUUGGUAUAAUGUGGACUAUCCUCAAUUUGGUCCUGGGGGUGGCGACAAUGAAUCAAUUAAAAAGAUUCGAGAAUCUGGAAAACAUAUUUGUGAAAAACCAGUGGAUGUCAUAUGCCAAGCAGUGCGAUAUCCAGGGGUCCCAAUGUCUGAAUUAGGACAGAAGGUAGAAUGUAAUAAAAAGGUUGGAUUAAUAUGCCAGAACAAAGAUCAAGGUAUUCCUCCAAUAUGCCUUGACUAUGAAAUUAAGGUAAAAUGUUGUAAGACUCUUAACUUCGACAGCUCCAUCUACCACAAAAACAACAACUCUGCCUUCUACUACAACUCCAACCUCUACUCCUACAUCAACCUCAACAGGAGCAUCAACUACCAAGUGCAAUGGUGA